AUGGGCUGCUGUGGUCAUUCGCAGGAUACAGGUUCGAAAACAAUACGUACCAUUGGCCCUGUACGAAAUAGAACAUGUACAGAUAUUCCUUGUUGUAUAUUGUUCUCAAUAUUCAUCGUUGGUUUCCUUAUCGUUACUUUGUGGAGUUUUGCCAUGGGAGACUUUAAACGUGUCAUACAUCCAACUAAUUCGCAAGGACAAGUUUGCGGUCGUGAUGUUCCUGGUAAACCAUAUCUGUUCUUCUUUGAUUUGCAAAGUUGUCUCAGACUGGGGCCAGCUUUAGUUGUUACAGGGUGCCCGACGCCUCAGGUCUGUGUGGCAUCGUGUCCAAAAUAUUACUGGUCUUGGAAAGGUCCCUUUGAUCAAAAACUUCAAUAUGUUAGGAGUUUAAUGAUAUGUAUAGGGGGUGUAGAUGCGAAUGAUCCUAAAUUUGCCAACCAGAGUAUUGAUCAAUUAGUACAGGACAAACAAUGUGCCCCAUAUGUAUAUCAUUCUAGAUCAAUGCUUGGUCGGUGCAUCCCAAGUCAAGUAUCUCGGUUAAUGGGAAAUGGAACUGGUCAAGUUCGUGAUGAAACUGGUAAACCUAUACUUUUAAUGAAUUCCAAAAAUCAAGAGGUGAAUGGUAUGGAAGUAGUGAAAAGUCGAAAAUUGGUGUUGGAAUUUACUACAUUCUUUGAAAAAGUUGUUGCUGAUCUAAGCCAAACCUGGCAUGUUAUAUUAGUAUGUAUUUCAGUAUCUGUGGUUUAUGGUCUGGACUACAUUAAUUCUAUUGUCGCCCUGUUUUCUUUCGGCACUGGGUUUUGUUUUUACAGAUGGAGUGUACUACGUAAAACAACUGAGGGUUCUAAUGACCUUGAAUUCUCUUUGGAUAUUGCUUCGUAUUUCCGUUUAGCAUCGACAUGGCUUGCAUUAGGAAUUAUUUUUGCUAUUCUACUGGUGAUCAUACUUCUGAUAUUAAUAUUUUUACGCAAGCGUAUUCGUGUGGCUAUUGCAAUAUUAAACGAAGCAAGCAAAGCAGUUUCAACUAUGACAUCUGUAUUGUUUUGGCCAAUACUACCGUUCAUUCUUGAAUUGAUUGUUAUUGCUCAAGUUUUAUUUGUGGCUAUUUCAUUGCGAACAAUAUCUGAUCCUGUUGGGACUAAAAUUAUGAAUGAUGAUCCUACCGUAACUCCGGGAUUUGGAGAUAAGGCUAGAAAUGAUAUAAGAGAAAUUUUUCAACUUAUCCCAUGUGAUCCUUUACAAAAUAAUUCAGCUGGCAAAGCUUGUCGUUUUCUGUAUUAUGGAGACCGGAAAUAUACUAUCUACCUACAAUUUUUCAAUUUGUUCAUGUUUUUUUGGUUAAUCAAUUUUGUCAAAUCCUUAACACAAAUGACUUUAGCAGGAACAUUUGCUGAAUACUACUUUUCUCUAUUUCGAUCAACCUUUUAUCAUACUGGUUCAUUAGCAUUUGGAUCGUUUCUAAUUGCUUUAUUACAAUGGCUACGUGUUACACUUGAAUAUAUCAAUGCAAAAUUGAAGAAAGCUAAUAAUCCUGUUACAAAUUUUCUCUUGAAAUGUUUAAGUUGUUGUUUUUGGCUACUUGAGAAAUUUCUAAGAUUUCUUAAUAGAAAUGCUUUUAUUAUGAUUGCUAUCUAUGGUCAAAGUUUUUGUUCAGCCUCUCGUUCAGCAUUGUCUUUACUUGCGCGCAAUGUAGUCAGACUAUUUGUGGUCGAUAAAGUGACUGAUUUUAUUUUAUUUAUUGGAAAACUUGUUGUUGUCAGUAUUGUUGGUGGUAUGGCUUAUGUCUAUUUGGAAGGUAUAUUGUUCAAAGGGAAUGACUUUCUAAGUGACGCGUUUACUUCUAAUCUUCAUUAUGCAUUCGUGCCAUUGGGUAUUAUCAUACUUGCAUCUUACCUUGUGGCGUCAUUAUUCGCAAGUGUUUUCGAAAUGGGUGUCGAUACAAUAUUUCUUUGCUUUUUGGAAGAUUUAGAAAAGAAUGACGGAUCUGCUGAAAGACCAUAUUAUAUGAGUAAAAAUCUUAUGAAUAUUUUAGGAAAACGAAAUGCUCAAUUACCACAAGUUAAACAAGCUAUUUAA